AUGGCCAUUUUUCUUCUCUGUUUGCUGAGCGAACGUGCCGAUCACGAGACACACCCACCGGUUCAUCCGUGGAUAAUCUAUCUCCACGCCAGCAUCUAUCUGCUCACCUCGACCGGCAUGUCAGUGCGCUUAUUUCCAAGCGCCUCUGUUUUCGUUGCGGCGGCCUUCUACAUCCACCUUGCCUACCUUCUGGGUUUUGAGCCAGCGUUCGGUUACCCUCCGUGGCUUCGGAUACGGGUUGCACUACGCCUUUUGGCUUUGGCGGGUGCCAGUCUUCGAAUGCUCGCUGCAGGGGACUUUGACCCUUCUCGACAUUGUGACAAACUCGGAGCGGGUACCUUGGGCUGUGUUUGUGUUUUUCUCGCUCUCCUCUCCCUCCCCAUUAUGACACCGAUCAACGUCGAUAUGCGCGCGCAUCACCAUGAGAUCGCUUCCGCCUUUCCAAAUGUCUUCGUGACCAACUUCAUUCACUGGGUCAUUGGAAUAGCUUUCUGUCUGGCCUUUGUCGGUUACACAUUUCCAGUUCUUGUGGUUCUUCCCCCAGGUAGGAAAUUAGCGAGAUGUGCUAAUUUCACUUGGCUUUUACGACGUUUCGCGCUUGAAUUUUUCUACCUCACUAUUGGGACUACGGCUGCGUUCAGCCAGUUGAGAUCCUACCUAGGCAGGGAGCGAGUGCUGUUUUUCACGAGGAUGGUGGAGUGGGCGGACAACUUCACUUGUUUGGGCUUGUGCCUUACCCUAAUCGCCAAAGAUGCCAAUUGGACCUACUGGAAAGCACAAGGCGUUGAAUUCUGGCUGCAGAACACAGUCAUCCUUGCGGAGGUGAUUACGAUAGCCUCAAUCGCUGUUGGCGCCAGUCUGCCCUGGUUGGGAAGAGUGACGAAAGAGCCGCACCAGAAGGAAGAGUAA